UUUCAGUUCUUGAGCGGCUGCUGCUGGAGUAGGUUGUACAAACUCCGUCCGCCGCAGUUCGCGUCGUGCGCGCUUUUCACGUCGCGCUUUUCUUUCGCAUUUUCCGGCCGGUCCGCCCGUUAUUAGCCAUGUAAUCGGCCAUAAUUUAUUUCUAAUUUGUUUGAUCUAACUGGCGCCGCGGAAUGCGCUUCCUAAACACGCGUUUGUUUGAAAAGUUUUAAAAUAAACAUCGUGAAGGGGUUCGAAAAGACAUUCAACAGUGUCCUGUCGAAUAUGUUUGCACACAACGAAAGCUCAGUGGCCAACAGAACGUUGUUAGUGUGGAUUAUCGGGAGCUUGACGAGUUCGAUGUCUUCCUCCUCUUUUGCAUAUUCGCUGCAAACAGAAGAACCCGUCACCGUAAAUAAAGCACGGACACCGCAGCCUUGGGUCCGCGUUUCCACAGAUUAUGUACGAUGCUUCUGUAAUCUUCCGCAAUGUGUAAGGACUGGGUAUAUGUGCAAAUCGAGCGAGGGCCGCUGCUUUUCCAAUCUUUUGGACCAUGUGGGACAUCAUUCCAAGGAUUACAGAGGACGGCAUGGGUGUGUGGAGCUUCUAAGUGAAAACGAAAAAAACAACAGCGACCUCUGCUCGGACCCCCCGCCCCACAAAAAGUCGCUCAUGUUCUGCUGUUACCACGACAUGUGUAACCACAUGGACAGUCCUCUAACAAAAGAUUUAAUCAACAACACACUAGGAGAAUUCCAGGACUCCAGUGACAACCACUACGCCAGCAUAGCCAAUCUUCAGGAACCCAUCGACUAUAUAAAUUCCCAGGUUUGGUUACGUGCCGCCACCAUCGCCGUCCCCGUCUGUGGGGCGGUAAUUCUCUUCGUUUUAGUCGCGUUAGCGGUGAAGAUUCUGCGAAACGAGAAUCAAAAUUCCACUAGCCAUAAGUUAGGGUCCUCAUACGACCACCAUGUGCCUUCUCAAAGCAAACAUGGCUGUGACAAGUUGGAGCAUUCGUAUGACAAUAUUUUAAGAAAGCCGCACUUGAAGUGCUUGUACCAUUAUCAAGCCGAUGACUUGCAGAGGAUUCAAGUGCCUUUACUUAUUCAGAACGAAAUUAGCACACACCAGAGUGGGAAUAAGAACGAAACUAACGCUAAGUUGAAUUUGAUGCAAGAUAAAACGGUUGUUUUGGACAUUGAGAAAGUGUCGCCGGUUUGUUCCAAGAGCAAUCUAAUAAAUCAUGUAAAUAAUGAUAAAUAUGUAGAUAUUAAGUUUGCGAAUGAUGAUAAAUUGUUUAUUAAUUCGAUUAAUCACUAAUGUUAGGAAACCAGCGCUGAGUAAGCUUGAUUAAAUUUUUGAAGCGACUUGGAGUUUCUACGUGUAAGAUUUACUAAUAUGGAACCAAAGUAUUGCAGUAAACAUCCACUACUACAUUUAAAGAGCGAUUUUUUAACUCGAAUAAGACCAAAUAUUCGUUCGGCUGUGAAAAUUUAAACUUUUUUUCGACUGAUCCAGCCACUAUUUCGUGUGAUUAAAGAAUGGCUUUUGAAAAGGAAAUUUUGCUAUUUGAUAAUCAAGCGAAUAAUUCGUAAUGUUUACUAACUCGACAAUAACGACUGCUCAAAUUUUAAUUACUUACUACUUUAGACAUAAAUAUGUACAUAUUUUGUAUACUUAAUGGCUCAUUUUGUAUAAUAUUAGAUAAGUAAAUGCUUAUUUAUUAUAUUUUAGACGUGUUUUAUAUGCUACUACAAAUAAACAAAAACUUUAUGAA